UUAUGUUUUAAUGGAUUUUAUUAAUUUUGUUUACAGGACUACAGAUCUCCACUUUUGUUGUGGUAAAAAGAAACUCAUUCUAAGGGAAAUAACUCUCAUAUUUGAGACUGUCAUAUCAUGCAUAGUGCAUGUCUAGUAAUUAAGAGGGGGUUAGCAGACGACACUGGAAGACUGUUGUAAGACAAUUCACCGGACUCAUUAAGUGUAUGUCACACGUUUGUGAGACAUGCCAACACACAAAGUAUUCGAUUGGCUGAGAAUCGUCACUCGUUGCUUCUAGAUCAGUAAUCUGAGAAGAAAGUUCACAUCAUGGAUGACUUUUCAUCAACAAAGUGUAUUUUGAAGGAUGAAUCAUUCGAAUGGGAGCAUGACGAAGAUGUCGACGUCAAACUCGAACGAACUCCACAAGACACAGGGACCAAUAUGUACCCUGGACAGGCCAGUGGUACAAGUGUCAACUGUGAUGAGAUGGACAGCGGUCAAGCAUCUACAGAUCCUCCGACUUCUGAUGAACAAAAGUUCAGUACUGCAGUGAGAAACAGAGCAACUACAAAUAGCAGACUUCUUCGUACCAUUGACCAAGCUUUCUAUGACUCCGGGGAAUCACAGCCCAACCCAAUGACACUUGGAAGCAAAUCUAAGAUGUCUUCCAACCGAAUCCCAGGGUGGGCUUGGACCUUACUCGUACACAUUUUAGGAAUUGACAGCCAUGAAUCCAAUAGAAAGAGAAAAUGCCUGGCAAUUUUUUUGCAAAUAUUCACCAUCUUGUUAGCCUGUACUUUCUCCGUGAGUGGAGCCAUCCAUACCGUCUACGAUAUUUUAUCGAAAUUCUCUGACACAAGCCUUCUGAUGGGAAUUGUGAAUUUGAUUCUGGGGUUCAGUUGGAUAUGUUUGGGAAUUUAUUCAAAUAAACUGUCGAAAAAACUUUUCAGUAAUCGUAACUUUGUGGAAAGUGUGCGGAUUCACUCGAGAACAUUUUUAAAAGUCAGUGCGGCCGGACUAUUGAUAUUUUUGGGUACAGUGGCUGUGGUUAUCAAUGGUUAUGUAAAAUACAAAGAGUUUGGUCCACGCCAUUGUCAGACAUUGAAUAUAAACACUGUCAUCUGUCAUGUGAUGUAUUCCUCCCAUGUGACAUUCUCAGUUAUCUCCCUUCUCUGGAAUUUACUUGUCGGCUGUAUGUUACUCUCUGUGUGCAGAACACACACCAUAGGUGUACGCCGGUUUAUAAGAGUUCUCGAACACGAUGCCAAGUUGUACAUGGAGAUUUGCAGCGGGAACUACUCCAAGUUGAAUCAUAAUGGCAGCAAAGACAUGGAUCUGAUGUCAAAUGCAUCAAGCAAAUCAGAGUGGUUUAUUUGGGAUGACGACGGGAAUCGAGAUGGAUUUUCGGACAGUUCUGUCCAUGACAAUAGAUUUGAAAACUCUCAGGUAACCCUCAGAUCUGUACACUCUGGGAAUCAGUCACAGGGAAACUCAACUGACCAUUCCAACUCACCGGGAAAAGCCCACUCACCGGAACGAACCCAUCCAAAUGGACUUGCCCACACAGAGGUGGAGGAAUCCUUGGUGGACGACAGAGCACUGACCAGAACUAUUCUGACAAAUGAAGAGCUUUUGAUGUGCUACUGGAAGAUUUCGCACCGAAUGCGUAUCACAUCGACAUGUCUGCAGCGAUGGCUGGCUAGCUGGAUCCUGUUCGUGUUGUUGUGGUGCGGGGAUUAUAUUCUAUACUGGAUCAGUCAUGACGCUAUCAUCUGGGAGGUGGUCGAGUGUACAAUCCCACUCCUUCUCUUACUGAUCGUGUGUUCUGCGUUCGCCGAGGCCAAUGGUGAAGGUCAACGAAUGAUCAGGUGUAUCUGUCCUACUGAGGCGAGACUAAAACUGCUAUAUUUCCUGACUCAACAGCCGCUACAGAUGCAUGUUUUUAAUUUUUCGAUCACCUACAAUGCCAUAUUUGGUGUUGUAGCAGCGUUUGCCGUGGCCUUCGCCUCAAGGAUCAUCUUGGAUGAAGUGUACAGUGGUAAAUAGGCUCCAGGCACAGAUUCCUCUGUUUACAUUUAACAGAUAUUGUAAAAGAAUGUAUUCUGGUCCUGAUUACAAAAUCAUUUAAACUGAAGUAUUGGGACCAUGCUAUGUCUAGUUUAUAUUUGUUGUUGUGUUUGUGAGAAGUGUUGAUUCUAUAAUAUUAUAAUAUUGUAUUAAAACAUUCCAUAUUAGCUUGAUUCAUAUGGAAAUUGAGUACCUUAACGACAACUGUGAUAUACAUACAAUUGUGUUUGAUUGAGAUGACAUCAAGGAAAUAUACAUUGGGGUAAAAUUUAUUUCAUUAUUUAAUCUGAUACUUCAACUUGAAUAGUUAAAAAAAAAUAACAAAUUCUUUAUCCUAUAUCCAUCCUGAAAUAAGCUCCUGACCCCGAGUGUAACAGUUUAGUAUUCACGUUUUGGGAGGGCUUGUGUGUGAACUACUUUUAUUUGAUAUUAAUGAUUGUGUCAAAUUAAAGAAAGGGGCUUGAUUAUUUUUUGACUGGGGCUUAUUAACAGAUAAGUACAGUAUAUACUUGUAUAUUUUUGAAAUGAUAGAUUUUAUGGUAAAUUCUGUAUUAGUGAUUAAGAUUUUGAUGCCUGCAUUUUCAAAAGUGGUUUACUAAUUGGUCAGAAGUUUUAGAGACCAACUUUAUAGAAUGAAAACCCACUAACAGGAUUUAGGCUGAGAUCUGAGAUUACACACUGUUCAAUGAGUCAGGUUUUAAUUACUAGCUCCUAUGCAGGAUGUCAGAAAAGACAAAUUUCAAAAUCAAAGUAGUUUGUACAAGGUAUCUGAAUUGACCAGAUUGACUACAUUUCAUAAAUAGUCUUUAUACACCCUGCAAAUCUCACAUGAGUACAAAUGUAUUAUGGUAUGGAGUCAACCGACAUUGAUUUUUGUUUGUCCAGAGAUCUCCUCCUACAUUUUUCAACUAAUUUCUUUGAAACUUGAUAGGCUUUGUAACAAGCAUAUAUAGAUGUGUUUCCCCGAGAGGCAGUUUGGUUCGACUAAUCUUGCAAAAGUUAGUCCCCUUUGUUUAUUUUAGUAUUUGAUUUUUGUCCAAAGAUUUCUUCCGGCAUAAAUUUUGUUUGUCCAGAGAUCUCCUCCUACAUACAUAUUUCAACUGAUUUCUUUUCUAGGCUUUAUAACCAUCAUGUACAUUUGUGUAACCCUGAGAGGCAUUCAAUAAUUUAUCAAAAGUUAAUACCCUUUGUUUAUUUUGGUAUUUGAUUUUUGUCCAAAGAUUUCUUCUGGCAUUAAUAUUUGUUUGUCUGGAGAUCUCCUACGUACAUUUUUCAACUGAUUUCUUUGAAAUUUGAUAGGAUUUAUGACCAUCAUAUACAGUUGUAUAACCUUGAGAGGCAUUUUAUUGGACUAUUUUUGCAAAAGGUAUUAUCCUGUUUUUUUCAAUAUUCACUUGUUUGUCUGGAGACCUAGGCUCCUCCUACAUUUAUCAACUAAUUUCUUUGAAACUUAGUAGGCAUUAUAAUCAUGGUAUAUAGUUAUAUUUUCCAGAGAGGCAUUUUGAUUCAACAAUUUUAACAAAGGUUAUUGCCCUUUGUUUAUUUCAGUGUUUGAUAUUUGUCCUGAGAUGGACAUUGUUAAUAACUCCUGUUGACUGGUAUUCCUCUUACAGUACUUAGAGAAUAAAACACUGACUUUGUAUUGAAAGUAAAGGUGAAGGUUAAAUCAUAUCACCUAAUCACUCAUAAGGCGAUACAAGUUUUAUUUCAAUGCAAGAGAGUAUAUAACACUGUCACUAUAUGACAUUGAUGGGCUUGAACUGUUCUGCUCCAUGUUAUAUUCCACAUGAAUAUUAAGCCUUCUCAUUGUUCACCAUUUUGGCAAAGCUGGUUCAUUAAAGGUUAUAUUUUGUAUAUACAUAAAAACAUGUACUACAUUUUUAAGCAAAUUUUGAAUUUAUUUUUGGUUUAUGAAUAAAAAGUAUAGAAUCAAUAAUAAAGUGGGUUGUGCCAUCUCUUUUAUCUGAUAUUUACAUACACUGUAUCAUGUUUUAUUCAACAUGUUGAUGUAUUUGUUGAAACCACUUACAUAUUGUUUUUCUGAUGUUUUUUUUAAUUUUUCUAUCCAAGAGAGUAUAAAUUAUAUACAAUGUGUGUAAUAUAAAUAUCUUAGUUCAGGAGUCAGCUUGACUUAAUAAAUUUGAAUAGAAUUUGAUUAUAACAUGUAAUUUAAUUCAAUUUUCAUUUCUGAUUUUACUUGAUUUUAAAAAUAAUCAAUGUAGAGUAUACAUAGUAACCAAUCAUGUUGUUUCUUUUAAAGAAUUCCAUUCUUCUUCACCUUAAUAUAUUAAAGGAUUACAUCAAAUUUUGAAUUAAAAUUUUUUAAGCCAAUGAAAAUGCUUGUUGCAAGCAAAAUUAGGUUAUUCUGCUUUAACACUUCAUUAAAGAACAUUUGUGCAAUACAUUUUUUGAUAUUACCUGUUUACGCAGACUACUGAAAAAUAAUCGUCGUCGAUCAUUUCAUUCAAAGGACCUCUUCUCAAUAACCGGAAAGCCCAGGGUAUUGAUAUUGUAGUAUGCUGAGGGAAAAGGGCUUCCAAGUUUGUUCAAAUGAAUGACCUUGACCUACUUUAAAGGUCACAGGGGUAAAAAGUGUUAAAAUCUUCAAACGACUUCUCAAUAAACAAAAGGACCAAGGUACUCAUAUUAGGCCUGUAACGUGCUUGAAUGAAGGGCUACCAAGUUGUUCAAAUGAAUGACCUUUAUUCACUUUCAAGAUCACAGGGGUCAAAAGUGUUAAAAUCUUCAAACAAAUUAUUCUUGAUAAUUGGAAGGACCAAGGUACUGAUAUUGGGCCUGUAGCAUGCUUGGAUGAAGGGCUACUAAGGUUAUUCCAAUGAAUGACCUUGACCCACUUCAACGGUCACAUGGGUCAAAAGUGUUAUAAUCUUCAAAUGACUUCUUCUCAAUAACUGAAAGGACCAAGAUUACUGAUAUUAGGCCUGUAGCAUGCUGGCAUGAAGGGCUAACAAGUUUGUUCAAAUGGAUGAACAUGACCUUCAUUCAAGGUCACAGGGGUCACAUAUGUAAUAUGUACAACAGUUUCUAUGUUAUAUAUACAACGGUUUCUAUGUAAUAUGUACAAUGGUUUCUAUGUUAUAUGUACAACGGUUUCUAUGUAAUAUGUACAACGGUUUCUAUGUAAUAUGUGCAACGGUUUCUAUGUAAUAUGUACAACGGUUUCUAUGUAAUAUGUACAACGGUUUCUAUGUAAUAUGUACAACGGUUUCUAUGUUAUAUGUACAUUUAUAAUGGUGCAAUAUAUUGUUAUCACAGAAGACUAUACCAUUUUAAAUAAAUUUUAUUAGGUAUUACGUG